UUCUGCUUCCUGAGUUGAAGCCUGUCACCAGUGACGUGUUUGCGAUUUAAAAAGCUGUCGCUGGGAAAGGAGGAGACAUUGCUCCAAGAAAAGUCUCUGAACGUCCUUUCCCAACGCGUCAAGAUGAAAUAGUCCUUUUUUUAAUAAAUGUUGUCUCCAAAUAACCGGGUGCACUCUCACAAGCUGAAAAACGCUCAAAUAAAUUCUGUCUCCCGCCCCCUUUAAUAGCCAGUCUCCAAAAUCCAUCAUGGAUUAUCUGUCUAAACCCGGGUUCCUCAGCGUCAUCGCGGGAGUUGCAUGCGGAGUGUGCCUGGGAUGGGGCAUUCGCGGGAGGCUUUUAAGGCAGCCCAGAGCUGGAAUGACUGCGCCUGCGAACAACCUGGGGAGCGAAGCGAACGUCAUGGGAGAGUCCGGGGAGUUCAAGAUGGUGCUGAUUGUCCGCAAUGACUUGAAGAUGGGAAAGGGUAAAGUAGCGGCACAGUGUUCCCAUGCUGCUGUUUCUGCCUACAAGCAAGUUCAGAGAAGAAAUCCCGAACUCUUGAAACAGUGGGAGUACUGCGGACAACCUAAAGUGGUCCUCAAAGCCCCUGAUGAAGAGACUCUGAUCCAGCUCCUGGCUGACGCUAAACACCUCGGACUGACUGUGAGCUUAAUACAAGACGCAGGUCGUACUCAGAUAGCUCCAGGCUCCCGGACAGUCCUUGGUAUUGGACCGGGACCAGCUGAUGUAAUAGAUAAAGUUUCUGGUCACCUAAAACUCUACUAAACUGGGGACCAAAGAAAUCUGAAUGCAUGGGUGUGUAUCAGUACUGAAAGGAUAAAAUCCAGGUUUUGGGAUUUUUCCAUAUGUUCUCACAGUAUAAAUAAAAAACACAGGUUUUGUAA